GUUCUCUCUAUCUCCUCCUUCCGAACCCUCGCCCUCCCAGCCCCCAAACCCCAAUCUGUCUCUUCCGCUAGGUUUAGCGUAAUUCCAUGGCCGGCGCCGGUAUCCACCCGUUCCAGCAGUGGCCACCCACGGCGGCCGCGCCGCCCCCGCCGGGGGCCGCGGCCUCGGUCGCCGUCCCUCCUCCACCCCCCGUCCCCGGCGCGCCUGGCACCGUUGGCCCGGACGAGGUCCGCACUAUCUUCAUCACGGGGCUCCCUGCAGACGUCAAGGAAAGGGAGCUGCACAACCUGCUGCGCUGGCUCCCGGGAUUCGAGGCGUCCCAGAUCAACUUCAAGGGCGACCAGCCCAUGGGCUUCGCGCUCUUCUCCACCGCGCACCAGGCCAUCGCCGCAAAGACUGCGCUCCAGGAUAUGGUGUUCGAUGCUGAGACCAAGGUGGCGCUGCACACCGAGAUGGCCAAGAAGAACCUCUUCGUUAAGAGAUGUGUGGGAAUUGAUGCAAAUGCUGUGGAUCAAAGUAAACGGUUGCGAACAGGUGGAGAUUAUACUCAUUCUCCUUAUGCUCCUCCAUUUCAUCCACCUCCACCAGCUGUUUCCAUGUGGGGAACCCCAGGUUAUAUCACAGCGCCACCUCCUUACAAUCCAUAUGCUGCGUAUCCAGUCCCCCCUGUAGCGAUGACUUCACCUGCUCCUGUUACAGGACCAACUGCCUAUGCUCCUGUGCAGAACACAAAGGAUAAUCCUCCCUGCAAUACCCUUUUCAUUGGUAAUCUCGGUGAUACUGUAGUCGAAGAGGAAUUGCGAAGUCUCUUCAGUGUGCAACCUGGAUUCAAGCAAAUGAAAGUGUUACGUCAAGAUAGGAACACUGUUUGCUUUAUUGAAUUUGAGGAUGUGAAUGCUGCUACAUCUGUGCACCAAACUCUGCAGGGUGCUGUUAUUCCUAGUUCUGGUCGUGGUGGAAUGCGAAUUCAAUUUUCAAAGAAUCCCUUUGGGCGAAGGAAGGAUUCAGCUGCUGGCCUUGCGAGCGUUCUAAAUGGGGCUCCUGCAAAUUGAUUGCAGCCUGAGGGGAUGUAUCUUGAACUUUAGCAUGCCAUCAUGGAUUUCAUACUACCACAUCUUAUUUAUGAUCUGCAUACUUCUGCUGAAUGCACGCUCUCUCACGUGGCAUCAUCAUCUUCAUUUGGUGGAGUAUCUGGGACAUGAUCAUCAUCUAUCAUCUUUAUUAGGUGGAGUUUCAGGGGCAUGAUCAUCAUCUGGCUGACAUUGCAUUGUCACCAAAACAUGCUGGUGUUACUUUUUUUUACAUUAUCUUUGUAGCUUGUGAAGGCCAUCCUAGUCUUCUAGAUGUGCAUUUGGCGUUUGUCAUGAACAUUACACUUUGUAGUAUUCGUAUUAUGUAUUUCCCUUUGUGCAGUUGCAACGUUGUGUUUUCAUUAUAAUAGUUGAUGUGGUUUCGCUGGUUUACUAA